ACUUAAGGGUAGUAGCUUCUCAGUCCACGGAAGAUUUAAUUGCUGCGGAUCAGGGAUUUGAAGUGUAAAAUUUCUUAGAGAAUCAAUGGCUGACCAUCGAUGGUCCCUCCAAGAUUGAAGAUGCCAAAAGAGAGCUUUGCUAUAUCUCCAAUUAUAUUCAAUCCCGUGACGCAUCUCAGUUGAGCCCACCCCGUUGCGGAUACAGGGCAAGCAGGCCGGAAGCUUAUGGGGCGCCUGUAGCUUAGUUUGUGCUCUGAUAACCAUACUUCAACAGCGAGAUGAGUGUCGACAACCAUGCGGAAGUGCCCACAGACUUUGGGAAGAAUCUUUGCGCGUGCAUCUCCUGUCACCUUGUGAAGACACUUGAUCAAUUUGCAGGGGGCGGAUGCGAGAACUGUGGUUUCCUUGGAAUGGAGGGUGACAAGGACCGCUGCUUGGAGUGCACAACAGUGGCCUUUCAGGGCAUGGUGUCUGUCAUUGACCCAGCUUCGUCAUGGUGUGCCAAAUGGCUCCAUCUCUCAAAGUUGGUGCCAGGCUGUUAUGCGCUGUCCGUGCAAGUGGAGGUGCCGCCUGACAUAAAGGAGCUCAUGGCAGAGAACGGGAGAAGAGUGCUAGAGGUAGGGUAAAUGAAAGGCUUUCUUCCAUGUGAGGUGACCAGAAUAUCCAGGAGGUAGCAGAACGCAGUAGUCCAUUGUCUGUGAGGAGGAUCCAGUGUGACGCCUGCGUCUGCCAGAUGACACAGGGCCGAAAAGCUAAGUUGGAGGGGACGUAUGAAUCUAUCAUCUGUUGUACAAGCUUAAGGUAGACAUCCUUCAGGACGUAAGGGGCCGUAUUGUUUUUGGGAUUUUGUGUUGACAUGCAAAGAAUCCCAAGCAAGUCAAACCUGUCUGCAUAGCUACAGGACCAUUGCCAUGCAAAUGACAGGAGAACAUGAAAGUGAAAGGGACUGCGAAAGACGCAUAUCCCCACUUGCUGGCUACGUAUGUAAAUCCUGAUCUCUG